GUAUCAUAAACACACGUGGGCUUCCGAACUCUGCUCAUUUUGUCUUCUCUAAAGGUCUGUAAAUAACAACAUAUGUAUUGAUUAGUUGUGGUCACGCCAUCAUAUCAUUUUGACAACAUGUCGACAAGUGAGAAAACAACACCAAACGAAGGACUGGAUGCCGAAGAGGACGAGUUGCCUCCUCCCGUUGUGACUCGGACUCGUAGCGGGCGCAGAGUACGGACCCCAGCUGUGUAUCUUGACUCUGAAGUGCCGAAGACUCCAACACGCCGAACAAGGAAAUCUGUCAUUCAAGAGUUACCGAAUGAGAAUGCAGAGAACCAGAYGGAACCCAAACCAGCGGUUGUAGUCGUGGAACCCGUUGCCGAUGAGACUCGUGCGAAAAAACUUCCAAGCAGGGCGUCCAAAUCAAAUGCAUUGGCAACAGCUGAGGCAAAACCAGUCAAAUCAGACAMACCUGUAGAGAAAUCAUUAGGUACAUUUAUUCCAGCUGUGUCACAUCAUUGCACCGAGAAGGAAAACAAGGUUGGUCCCGUACCAAUGGAGACUGUUCCGGACCGCCCAAAUAAAACAGCCAAAAAGAGGACUCGUUCAGAGUCUAAUGAGAAACUUGGCCAGAUACCGUUAGGGAAACCGAAAUCCGGACGGGUAUGGAAAGACCGCAACAAGCAAAGGUUCUCUACUCUUGUAAGAGACAAGCCACUGUGCUCCUCCUGGGAGAAGAAGAUGGCGGCCAAGCGAGAGAAGGAGCUGGUGAAGAAGUAUUCCCUGCAACUGAAGGAGGACAAAGCCAGGGAGAAAGAGGAAAAGAGGAAGCGGCAUGAGGAGAACUUGAAAAGGCGAGCUGAGAAUGAGAGGAAGGCCGAAGUUGUGCAAGUGAUCCGGAACACAACAAAGAUCAAGAGGAUGAAGAAGAAACAGCUGAGGAAGAUUGAGAAGAGGGACACACUCGCCAUGCUGCAGAAAUCACGGCCCAGGAACCCAAAAGCUGCACAGAAAGGUGGCAAAGGGGACAAGUAGAGGGAGUGCUCAAGUUGACGUUCAGAAGCACCCCCCUAGGUACUUCAUGUAGAUAUGAGAGAACUGGUCAGAAAAGGGGCUUGCUCCGUCUGCUACACGCAAUGACCCGGUGUUGUAGUUCCUCCGGGAUAAAAAGGCGCAAUUUACCAUAUUGCUUAAUCUAUCCAAUACUUUCGGAUGUGCCUAGGGCCGACAUGGCUAUGCUUACUUGUGUGAGGCUGCUGGGACUGGAGAGCAUGAUCAGCGAACCCUUUCAAAACAAUUAACCAUCUGUGGAGCAUUGCAGAUGCAAAAAGUGCCUCCUGCCUCGUGGAAAUAUUCUUAUCUUUACUUGGAACUCUUCUCAACUUGUAAUGCAAUGUUCCAUUAAACAAACCAAAUUGUUCUACACUUAUACCACAUCCCAACCUUUUGUCGUGGGCCAUUAGAUUAUGCUUUUUGCCCACUUCAGUGUGUUGCAUUAGAGGAAUAAAGUUCUAAAGCAAGUG